AUGACACCAACAGCAUCGACGAGCUCAGUAUCGACCGGAAAAUCGAACACAGAUGCUGGUCCCAGCAUGUCCGCCGUUCAGGCUCUCAAGCGCCGACGCAUGCUGCAACGAGCACAGGAUGAUCGUCCACAAUACAGUUACUCAGACGACGAGGAAGAGUACGACGACCCAUCUGCAGCUUCAUCCUCCACCUUCGUACCGCUCAAACAGCGCCGUCUGCAGCAGCUGCAACACAUCCAGUCCCGCGCUCGAGGAUCGCCGUCCAGCAUAGGCAGCCCAUCAAAAAGAGCGGACGAGCAAGACGAAGAAGAUCAGGAGCAGCACGAUCGAGCAGCACAGCGACCACAGCGGUCCCUACUCGACGAAGCCAGGAUACUUCGCGAGAAGAAGCUAGCCGAAGAGGGCGAAAAGACGCAGGCAGAGAUCGACGCCGAAGAAGAGCGCAAGAUCCUUGAAGCUCACGCUGCACGUCGAAAGCUCGCCAGUGAUAUGGAGCUCGCCAAGGGCAUCCAGCACACAGAGCCGCUCAAGACAUCGUGGACGGCACCUUCCUUCAUCCGCAGCCGAUCGCAAGAGGAGAACGACAAGCUUCGAGAAAGGAAUCACAUCCUCGCUGACGGCGUCGAUGUGCCGCCGGUCAUCACCAACUUUCGCGACAUGAAGGUCCCCGAGUGCGUCAUCGAGUAUCUCAAGACGGAGAAGAAGAUCGUCAAGCCGUCGCCCAUUCAGAUGCAGGGUCUUCCGACCGCAUUUGCUGGUAGAGACAUGAUCGGCAUCGCAUUCACAGGUUCAGGCAAGACGCUCGCCUUUUCGCUGCCUAUCAUCAUGCUGGCUACCGAAGAGGAAAGGCGUCUGCCCUUUGCACGCGGGGAGGGUCCCGUCGGUAUGAUCGUGUGUCCAUCACGAGAGCUGGCACGUCAGACCUUCGAGUCCAUCAAAGGUAUCGCUGAAGCUCUCGUCCAAGGAGGCUAUCCGCAGAUCGGCGUCCUCCUCUGCAUCGGUGGCAUCAGCAUGGCCGAGCAGCACCACACCAUGUCCAAGGGCUUCCACAUCGUCGUCGCCACGCCCGGUCGUCUGCAGGACAUGCUCACCAAGAAAAAGUUCACCCUCGACUGCUGCAAGUACCUUUGCCUCGACGAGGCCGAUCGCAUGAUCGACAUGGGGUUCGAGGAAGACGUUCGAAACAUCAUGGGGUUCUUCAAGCAGCAGCGACAGACGCUGCUCUUCUCGGCGACCAUGCCCAAGAAGAUCCAGGACUUUGCCGAGCAGUCGCUCAUCCGGCCGGUCAUCAUCAACGUCGGGCGUGCGGGCGCUGCGUCGCUCGACAUCAUCCAAGAGGUCGAGUAUGUCAAGCAGGAGGCUAAGAUGGUUUACCUCCUCGAGUGCUUGCAGAAAACCGCGCCGCCCGUCAUCAUCUUCUCCGACAAUAAGAACGAGGUCGACGACAUCCAGGAGUAUCUCUUGCUCAAGGGCGUAGAAGCGGUAGCGAUCCACGGGAGCAAGACGCAGGACGAACGAGAGUACGCCAUCCGCGCAUUCAAGUCUGGACAGAAGGACGUCAUGGUCGCCUCCGGCGUCGCAUCCAAGGGGUUGGACUUUAACGAGAUCCAACACGUCAUCAACUACACCAUGCCCAAGGAGAUCGAGGACUACGUGCAUCAGAUCGGCCGUACGGGUCGUAGCGGCAAGACGGGUGUCGCGACCACGUUCGUCAACGCGAACACCCAGGAACAGACCCUGUUGGAUUUGAAGUAUCUGUUGAUGGAGGCGAAACAGAGGAUCCCGCCAUUCCUGGCGGCUAUUGAGGAUCCAAGGAUGGCCGCGGCAGGUGGCAAAGUGUCCAGCUGUCCCGUGUGCGGCGGUCUCGGUCACAGCAUCAGGGACUGCCCCAAGCUCGAGGACAACCAGAGGAGACAGACCGCUCAGUUUUCCAGAGGCGACGAUGGCGGAUACUAG